AGCGAUGAAUAACAGUGUCGCGAAAGAAAAUAAACAAAGUCGUUUAGAAAAGGGGCUCGCUAGUUGAGCGCGGUGAGCCGGAAAAAGUCGGGCCGGGUGGCAGAAUUGAUUUUUGAUUUCAUGAUCCAGCGAGUUGCCUCAACUUGAUUCCAACACAUCCCAUAUCAUCUCUCUCCACGACGAUACACAAUUCUUCACUUGUAUUCUUCUGCCUUUACGAUCAUAUAGUUCUUCUAAUACUCCCUAAUACAAUUUCUAUUUUUGCGACGUUAUCAUGGGUUGGUUCUGGGCAGAUUCCGAUGUCUCUGUUGUCAAUGCCAGAGGCGCGCCACAUCCUAUGCCAGCUGACAGCAAUGCCUCACCACCACCGCAAUGCCCGAUGCACCAGAGCAAUGCAGUGAUAGCCAAAUUCCCAACGCCUCCAGCAGAAUCAGCAUGCCCCUACACACCACCUUCCGAUCCGUCUGCAGAGACCAAGACAUCCUCGAAAUACUCCAAAUACAACCCACUGAACUACAUGUUCUCAGACUUAUCGCAGGAUCGAGCGAAGGACCAAAAGAUAGCUCUACCGACUGAGCGCGAACCAUCUACGAUUCCCAAAGGCAGCGGAGAAGGCAACUGGGAAUAUCCCUCACCACAACAAAUGUAUAAUGCGCUUUUGCGGAAGGGUUAUACAGAUACCGAUGCGACAGCGGUGGAGAGUAUGGUCUCAGUGCACAAUUUCUUGAACGAGGGCGCCUGGGCAGAGAUCGUGGAAUGGGAGCGCAGAUUUGCAGGUGGCUUGAAGCAGGGAUGGGAGAUGUGUAAGAGAGGAGAGCAAGGAUCGAUGGCCGGCGCAAAUCAUGCGGAAGGCGCAAAUUUCGAUGGUGUUUCGCAGCCCAGUCUGAUUCGGUUUAUGGGGAGGCCGAAGGAGAUGACACCCAAGGCUGCUAUGAUUCAGGUUAUGGGGUGGAUAUAUCCUAGUGCUUUUGCUACGGAACCCCCAUUUGACCGACACGAUUGGUUUGUACAGAGGGAAGUCGCGGGCCAGAAGAAGGAAAUCAGAUAUGUCAUCGACUACUACUCCGGACCAGACGACCCAAGCGGCGAGCCGGUUUUCUACCUCGAUGUCCGACCUGCAGUUACACCUACCGCUGCUGUUGAGAGAAUGAUGAGGUGGGGAGGAGAUGUAUGGUAUAGAGCUUCUGGGGCACAACUCCGGGAGAAGGGAACCAACUGAGUGGAAUCUACAUGGCCGUAUAAUACUUGUGUCGUUUUUGAGCGCUGGAUUUUGGGAGUAAUAAGGGCAUGGAUCUGUCUUUCAGGGCUGUACUUUCUCUGGAUGGGUCGGUCAAGCGUGUAUUAGUUCUCCUUGUCUUACUUCUGAUGUCUUGAUGGUAAUGCCUCCCUGUCGUUCGAUUCUCCCCUCUUUUUGUACUAUAGUUUGAUACCAGGGAUCCAUAGGUCGUCCAAGCAAAGAUACGCUUCUAAUGACUAACACCAUAUAUUGGCAUUCUUUGUGAGCCGUGCUUCUCUGCUCAGCUGCUUUCAAUGCUUUUGAUAUAUUAAGAC